CUGCGGAGAGCCCCGCAGGGACGACGCAAUAGGGUAUCAGUCGCCUUGGCCCACAGAGUGUCCAACCAAGCCGAGCGGAGCCGGCCUGGCCCCUCGGCCGCCAGCAGACAGACCAGACACCGAGCACUAGCUAAGGGCUGCUGAACUCGGCACGUUACGAGACACACCGGAGUACCACGGAGGAUUAUUCUGAAUUGCGGUGGGCAUCAGUGUCACGAACGAAUCUAUUAUUUCGGGCGCCAUGACAUUAAGAUUCUUAGAAGAUUGGUGCAGGGGGAUGGAUAUGAACCCUCGAAAAGCUCUGUUGAUUGCUGGCAUCCCCCAGACCUGCAGUGUGGCAGAAAUCGAGGAGGCUCUGCGGGCUGGUUUAGCUCCUUUAGGGGAGUACAGACUGCUUGGGAGGAUGUUCAGAAGGGAUGAGAACAGGAAUGUAGCCUUAGUAGGGCUGACUGAGGAGACUGUUCAUGCUGUGGUCCCUAAGGAGAUACCGGGGAAAGGGGGUAUGUGGAGAGUGAUCUUUAAGCCCCCUGAACCAGAUAAUGAAUUUCUAAGCAGAUUAAAUGAAUUUUUAGAGGCAGAGGGCGUUACAAUGGGUGAGAUGACCAGAGCUCUAGGGUAUGAAAAUGACCCUUUUGAUCUACACCAGGACAUGAUCCCAGAAAUUCGCACCCCUGUGUUGACACAGGCAUUAGAUGAGGUGCUUCAGCCUGUCCUGCAGUACCUGAACUAUAAAAAGCUGAGAGUAUUCUCAGGUAGGGAUCCUCCAGAACCAGAAGAGGAAGAAUUUGGACGCUGGAUGUUUCAUACUACUCAAAUGAUGAAGGCAUGGCAGGUUUCAGAUGUAGAGAAAAGAAGGCGGCUGCUAGAGAGCCUCAGAGGCCUGGCAUUGGAUGUUGUUCGUGUCCUCAAAAUCAACAAUCCCUUAAUUACAGUCCUUGAAUGCUUGCAGGCUCUUGAGCAAGUAUUUGGGGUAAUAGACAAUCCUAGGGAAUUGCAGGUCAAAUAUCUAACCACUUACCAGAAGGAUGAAGAAAAAUUGUCUGCUUAUGUACUAAGGCUAGAACCCUUGUUACAGAAGCUGGUGCAGAGAGGAACAAUUGAGAAAGACCUGAUGAAUCAGGCUCGCUUAGACCAAAUCAUUGCCGGGGCAGUCUACAGAACAGUUAGAAGACAGCUUGAUUUGCCACAGGAUGGCCCAGCCCCUGGCUUUUUGCAGUUACUGGCACUGAUAAAGGAUUUGGAGGCAGCUGAGGAUGAGGACAAGGCCCUCCUCCAAGCAGGACUAGAAAGGCAUGUCACCUGAAUCUCAGGAAGCCAGGAAGGGAUAUCGGCCAAUGAGUGGAGCAUGAAAGUAGACAAGUCCAGUGAUAGGCAUUAACCAACACCUACCCAUACUGCCAAGUGACUAGUUUUUGUGUAGUUCUCAGUAUGUACUCUCUGUCAUUUCUGUGCCUAUUUAAUGUCUCCUAAGUGUGAUUUACUAGGAAAGAUGUAGUUCUGCACUAUUUAUGUAUUUAAAACUGCUAUUUGUUGGGCAGCACCUGUGGCUCAAGGAGUAGGGCGCUGGUCCCAUAUGCCAGAGGUGGCGGGUUCAAACCCAGCCCCGGCCAAAAACCACAAAAAAAAAAAAAAAAAAACUGCUAUUUGUUUAAUCUGAAAUUUUUAUCGUGCAAUAUAUAUAUAUAUUUUGGUUUUUGUUUUAUGCCGUAUUGUACAAAAGGUUUGUCACUACAUAUGUGUACUGCUCUAAAAGACAGGGAAGGCUUAAGCACACAUACUGACCAGAUCUCAUGGAGAUGUCAGCUGGUUUGGUAAUAGGUAUAAGUGUAUCGUGUCAUGGGUGAUGGUGUUAUGUCAAUAGAGUUUAGGUGUAUAUUGCCCUACAUUUAUGAUGAAGAUCAUGAGCAGUGGUUUAGAUAAUUAUUUUUUGUAUGAAUCAGAAGUGUAUUUGUUCUGUGCAAUCCAAUGGCAGAAUUGAAUUCUGAGGUUACGUUUGCAAAGACUAUCUUUAACCCCAGGUUUGUAAUAUGUGUCAUUAAAGUAUCUAAGUUCUGAAUAUCAUUUUUAUGGUUGUAAAAUUAUAAAAUAAAAGAAUACUAAAAAAAGAGA